GUGAACGUGAAGGCCCCAGCCCUGCUGCUGAGCCAGCUGCUGCCCCACAUGGAGAACAGGGGGGGUGUUGUCAUCCUGAUGUCUUCCCUUGCAGCUUAUAUACCACACGUGGAACUGGGUGCCUACAACGUAAGCAAAACAGCCCUGCUGGGCCUCACCAGGACACUGGCAUUGGAGCUAGCCCCCAGGAAUAUCCGGGUGAACUGCCUGGUUCCAGGAAUUAUUGACACUGGCUUCAGCAAAGUGUUACAGAAGAACAAGGCUAUCUGGAAAAACAUGAAGGAAUCCCAUCAGUUGCAGAGGAUUGGGCAGCCUGAGGACUGUGCAGGACUCGUGUCCUUCCUGUGCUCUUCGGAUGCCAGCUACAUCUCUGGGGAGAGCAUUGCGGUGGCCGGCUUCUCCCCUCGUCUCUGAGUGGGUGGG